AUGCCAUCAGACUCUUUUGAUCUGUCCCUUCAUUGGAAGACUAUAGCUCCUCAUUGGACAUUCAGCCCAGCGACACCUGUGUCUGAUGCAGACAUCAUUAUGGCGGAGCGGUCUCGCCAUGCAGCCAAGAUGAGGCGGGACAAGGAGGCAGUGGAGAUCUCGGCCCUGUCCAAGCUUCUCCCGUACCCAGAGGAAGUGAUCAGUCGCCUGGACAAGGGCUCUAUCAUAAGACUCACCACAAGCUACCUCCGCAUGAAAAAGUUCUCCCAGAAAGAGGGGAAUGCACUAUUGGAAGAGUUGAACCAGAAAGCAAUUACCUCUGGAGAAGAGCCCACCGCUGCCUCAGCAACAAAACAAAGCGGCGACGUGAAUGAUGGCGCCCUUAUGCUACAGGCCUUAAAUGGAUUUGUAAUUUUCAUCUCGCGCAAAGGGAAGAUUUUCUACGUCUCAGAGAACGUCGGUAAACAUCUCGGCAUCCAUCAGUAUGAGCUGACUGGGAAUACCAUUAUGGAGUUCAUCCACCCGGAGGAUCAGAAGGAGCUUGCGAAGCAGUUUGUAGUCCAGAUACCAGGUCAGCAGACCUACAAAGGCUAUGGGAUGGAGAAUGCAGGCGAUGCACCAACCUCGAUCAGCUUCAACUGUUUUGACAAAAAAGAAGACGAGAUCCUACCAAUUACAGAUUAUGUCCAAGAGAGGCAGUUCUUCCUGAGGAUGCGUUCGGUCAUGUCUAGACGUGGGUCUGGGGGUAAAGGCAAAGUCAUCGGCUACAGGGUAGUGAAUUUCUGUGGCCGUUUGAAGCUGAUGUGCUCCAGUAGCAGCAAGGGAUACACUGUUGAGGGCCUGAUCAGCCUGUGUCGUCCCAUCCAACCCCAGCCCAUCUUAGAGGUGCGGAUGGACGGUAACAUGUUCAUGAGCAGACACAGGUUGGAUAUGUGCUUCACAUUCUGUGAUCCUAGGAUUAUUACUCUCAUUGGCUACGAGCCACAUGAGCUGAUUGGGAAAACCGUCUACCAGUUUCAUAAUCCUCUAGAUGCAAGGAAAGUCAGUGACUGUCACUCUAAAUUGAUUGUGAAAGGCACCAGCGCUACUAAGUAUUACCGCUUCAUGGGCAAGAAUGGUUCGUGGGUGUGGUUGCAGACACGAGCAACUAUCAUUUACAACACCAACAAUGUGGCACAGUACGUAGUCUGCAUGAACUAUGUUAUUGGGAAAGAUGCUGGGGAGCGACAGUUACUAAUGGAGCAGAUGUCAAAAAUGAAAGCAUCAUGUGACAGCAUAGCAGACAGCGACUGCGGCGAAAGCAUUGCCAGCCCAAGCAGUGACAGUGGCAGUUACGCUGCUAGCUGUGUAGACUCUCCUAGAAGUGCCGAUUCACCAGGAACCUCUGGCAUCGGGUCUUGCUCAGACUUUGACGAGCCCUCACUGAAACACAUCAAGAGGGAGAUGGACAACUUUGAUAUGAACCUCAUCCCUAAAUCGAUCAGAGACAAUGAAACAAUCAUGAAACCCUUGGAUCCAACCCAGGAGAUCAGUUUUGCUUCGCUUCUAAAGAUGGACAACUUGAAGAAGAUGUACGGAGGAACAGAAAAAAUGGACACUUCGGAGAGAACGGAAGUCCCAUUUAAGAAACAAGAUAGUACGGAGUCAGAUGCUAGUGCAGCACCUGCCAAAGCAGCCAAUGUUGGAAGCAUUGAGGGACCCUUUGAUAAUCCUCACUUGCACGGGUCAGCCGACAUUCAACAGUCCUUCCAAAGAGCGACUCAGAAUACCUCAGAAAAAUUAUUUCCAAUGUCUGUUUUCUCACCGAUUAGUGAGGUGGGAUCAGACUCGAGUAGUACGGCCGAUUCGGUGAGUUCACCACCGAUGGAGGUCGUGCCUUCGGAAGGGAGGAACAACCGUAUGAUCAGUGUCGGUGAGGACGACGAAAGUUUAUUCAAGGACCUCUUGGAGUUGACCAAGAAUGACAAUAUGGAUGACUCACUGAGCCAGCUGGACAGGGAACUUCCCAGGAUGUCAUUCAGUGUGAACAGUCCGAGCAACCUGAGCCAGUUGUUAAACACUCAAAGCGCUGCCAGCGUCUCGGUCGGGGUCUCCAGCCCAGAGUCCCAGGAACUGAACGAGGAGGAUGGUGAGGACGACGUCUUCAGCACUCCACCUGAGGCAAAAGAUGCUUCCCCCAGUAUUUUAGCUGGACUUUUGACCAAACUGCCAACACAGCAACCGGCAAAUGGUGCCGAAUGCCCUUCCAUGGUUCUUCAGCAGGGUCAAGGUAACACAACCUUCAUGGGUAUGUCCAUCACUAAAGUGGAUCCCAUGAUGUCCGGGGGUCUCCCCCAGCUUCCUGAUGACAUUGCUAAUUUCUCACUGGAAUUUUGCCAGCCGGUCAUGGACCAGGCGACGUGUGACGCCAUAGCGUCUUUAGGGGGAUACCUGUCGCCCGACUCCACGGAAAAGAUCACAAGUGGUGGAAGUGCCACCAUUACAGAAAUCAGUGACUUGGAAGAAGCAAACCUCAUGUCAGGCCCUUUAGACCAAGAAUACAAAACUAGUCCCAGGGGAAUUUCAAAUGUGUCGCCGGUUACCUCGCAAGUACCGAACAGCACAAUGCAAAACCAGACCCUACCAUACCUGCUCGAGCAGUCGAACAAUUCAACGCCUGGCAUUAUGCAGGAACAGCUGAUUGUCACUGAGAGGAUAUCACAGUUGGAGAUUAAGGACAGCAGAAUUGGUCCUAAGGCCACUGAAUCAUCUUCUGGUGCGCCGAUCCUACACGCAUUGCUCCUCAGUAGUAAUAGGGGGGAAAACUUGACGGAAAAGUCCAGGGCGCAACGGCCACCCCCACUCAGCAGUAAUGGAUUGAACAGUAUGAACGAUGUCUUGGGCCCCAUCACCCCUUCCACCAAAGCAGCUGUAGAGGCAGUGGACUCAUUAAUUCAGGACUUUGAUGAAGUGACUGGUACUAUUAGGGAGGAAGUGCUGCCCUCCAUCAAUGGCAACAAUAAUAUGGUGAACCAGGAGAACUAUGUUUUGCUGCAGCAGUUGGAGGAGCAGCGGCAACGUAUGGCUGAGGAGCAUCGACGACAGCAGCAGAUUCUUAUGGAAACCCAAGUGCAGCAGCAGAAGCUGCUUGAUGAGCAGCGUCGAAAGCUGCUGGAAGAACAGCAGCAACAACUUUCUAAUCAAACACUCCAGCAGUCUUUAAUGCGUAAGCAAAUGCAGUUUAAAUUGCAGCAGCAGCAGCAACAGCAGCAGCAACAACAGCAGCAACAGCAGCAGCAGCAGCAACAACAGCAAGCUUUAUUGGCCCAGCAAAUAAACAUUUCCAGUGGAAUGCAGAGACAGCACAGUCAGGGACCUGACGUGCAGACAAACAACGGCGUGUCCAACUCUGCUGUUUUCACAGAGGAUCCACAGGGUUAUACUCAAAGUAUGUCUGAGUUUGCUGGCCAGCAGAACCGAACAAUUUCGGCAGCGCUUCCAAUCACUGGCCAACACAGGCAACAUCAUCAACAAAUGCAGCAGUACUCUGCCUCUCCUCCCCAAGGCAUCAUGGAUCCUUUCAAUGUUCAGCAGCAGCGUGGAAGCCCACCAUUCAUGGGAACCUCUCCCUCCUCUAUGGGCAGCCCACCAACCAUGCAGCAGUACGCAGCACAGCAGCAGCAGCACCAGCAGCAGAAGCAGCUACCAACUCACAGAAACUACCCCGGCCAGAUGCAGCCAGCCUACUGCAGGCCGCAGCAGCAAAGUACCCGGAUUCCCCUGCCGCAAGAGCAAACCAACACCAACUCCAUGUUGUUCCAGAGUCUGCAGUGGAGCGGGAUGGAGACUUCAACUAUGACGCCCCAUCAAGGUAACGGUAUGAACAGUCGGACGAUUGAGCAAUCUGAUAUUGACUUUGGACUGGCAAGCAACCACUUGCUGCAGCAUCAACAGUAACCAGAGUUUAUAAUGUAAAGCACUUAUACGUGUAGUUUAAUGUUCUGAACCAAAAACAGUUUCUGUAAUUUCAGUUGUAGUCGAAGACUAAUGUGUGAUGAAAAAAAGGAUUUCAAUUAAGACAGAUUCUGUUUGUUAUCUGAAACAUAUAGACCUGUAACUGAUGCAGUGCUACUGGCCAAAUUUCAUAAGCCAGCAAUACAAUUUUGAUAAGAAAAACUUAUUCUCAGACAUACAUUACCAGCAAAAUUGCUUCGCAAUAUACUUUGUGUGGUACUGAUUGAUGGAUAUGUUGUUUUACUUCAAAAAACAAUGUUUAUAAUGUACCACUGGCUGCUUAUGAAAUUGUGGCAUUAAUUCAGUUUAAAAUAAUCAUGCCUUGGUAAAUGAGAAAUCCAUGAAUUCUAUACUGACUAUAAGUUUCCGUUUUUUAGUUAAGCGAGAGGGAUCACAACAUUUGUAAAACAAUGUGAUGUAAAUUAACACUGCUUUGCUAAUUGACCUUUUGCUUCAGAAUGCCUCUGCCCAGAUUUAAAACAAAGGUCUUGCCGAAAUGUGCACAGCUUUUUUUUCAAAUGGUUUAAAUGCAUUUUACUGUAGUUAAGGAAACAGUUGAAAGAAUGGGGUUUGAGACUUUCUAUCGUGGAGAGGCUACCAGUGCACAAAGUGGUCAAUACAUAACAAACAAUACAUCUGUUUUAAACUUUUUUUAAAGAAACUCAAAAGAUAUCCAGAAAAGGCCACACACAACUGAAGAAAAUAUUUUGUGUUAUUCCAGGUUUCUCACAACAGAAGGGUUUGGAAUGUUUGUGUUUGUUCAAAAUCAGUCGUUUGGUUAAACCAUGGAGAAUCCUUUCACAAUCUGAUUAGAAAUUCAAACUGACGCAAAGGGUCAAUUAACAAAUCUAGUGAUUACAGGCUAAUGCCACUUAAUGUAUGUGUUUUGGUGGGUGUGCGGAUCACAAAGGAAAGUUUGUAAAACAAUGUGAUGUAAAAUUCCUGCAGCCUUGCCAUUAAACGGAUUGUAAAGAGAGAGAGGGAGAGAAAGAUUUAGUAUUGAUUAAAGAAGUAAUGAUUCAGAGAAUGCUGGCACAAGGGGCGAUUUGAGGGCACAGGCUAAUGAUAAGGGUUUUUGCGGGGAGUCUCUUACAAAUGGCUGUCAAUUGCUUAGUUACAAGCUUUCUUGAGGAGAAGUAGUUUUUCCUUUUGCCUUUUCCAAGCUUUUUCAUCAAGAGUGCAUUAUUAAGAAGUGCAGGAUUGGAAGUUUCAAUAUUCAAUGUAAUUGGAUUUGCAAGUUUUAUUCUCUAAAGUUCCACACACUGCUUGUUGCACUGAUAGUUGUAGAAAAUAAGGGCUGCCAUAGUUUUGGCAAAACAAUCUGCAUCUUGGAACUCUCUAAAUGAGUAUAUGACAGUCAUAUGUGCGAGGGGGGGGUUAAUCAUUAUAAGGGAUUUUCAUUGUCAUAUCUUAUGACAACCUGCCUGUGAACAAACCCACUUUGCCUGUCUACAUUCUCUGUAUCCUUGUUUAUGAUUGUUGUCCAGUUUUGGCCUUUAGCAUGACGCAGCCAUCAAUGUCAAAUUGACUGUUUGAACAUCGGCUGAAUUGAAGCAUAGAGAGUUCUCCAUACAGCCUUGUUUUUUGUGUCAUGUAGUUUCUAUUGAAGGGAAAAAUACCAAAGAUGGCUGCGCUGCGUCAAAGUGCUCUGGACAAAAUCACAUGUUACGGGUUUUACAUAAUGGUCUUCUAUCAGAAACAGAAUAAAAAACGGAAGUAUUGUGGCCUUGGACGUUUACAUUUACAGCAAAGUGCUUUUCUUUAAUACUUUUGUGUACGUUUACAGAACAUAAACGAGUGGACUUUUAGAAGUUCAUCUCCUGUUCAAUUCUUCCUUAAUAUGGAUAAUAUUUUUCUCUAUUUUUUAAACAGAUAACAAUUCAGUGGAGGUUAAAUUGAACAGGUGUUUUUUUCUGGCUUUUUUUUAAUGCAAACUGUAGCAAACUAAGGCAACUUUCGACAUGCAGAAAUAUUCUAGAUGUGAAAAGUAGAAGUUGAAUUAAAGGGAUGCAUAACCUUGGUAUUAUCUGGAGAAAAAAACAAAACAAAUUUUCAUCUUAAAGAUGAAACUCAGUUUGAAAAUUGUACAAGAGCCAAUAAGCCUGAGAAGGUAAUUCAGCUGAGUGCUUUCAUCCUGGAUGGAUAUAUUUAGUAGGAUCUCAGAGUAAUAUCUCAGAAUUUUGUGAGAAAACUCAGAAGUUCAAAGUAUUUUUUAGAAACAAAUUAAUGUAGUGGGGGUUUUGGGUUUAUUGCGCUUUGCACAUUUUUCGUUGCGUGCCCACUGCCCCCCGAACUGAUAAGCACUUCUUGCAAGUUCCCAGAGUUGUACUGUGUGCGUCUGGUCGUCUUGUUACUGGCUGUUGGCCUGGUUUGUAUGCAAGCGCCUCAUGCCAUGUACACAAUAGUGUAAGCGGUGCACGAAGCAAGCUUACUUUGGGUUUACUCAACAUCCGCGAACAAUUUUAAGUUUGCAUUUGUUUUAACAACUGUACUAUAUGCACAGUUCUUGAGCAAAAGUUGAUUUGAAGCAAAGGUUUCUUUCAGAAUAGCAAGUUUGUGUCGUUCCCUUUAAUCAAAUUUCUUUUUACCUUUUUUUCUGAGGCUGUCAGAUAUUUCUCUUGUUUUUCACAGUAUUAUGUACUUUCAGAUUCUACAUUUUUUCAAUUUUUUAUUUUUUCAAUUGUGUGUUAUUUGCAAACUUUUGACUUUUGAUUUGUUCUUCCUGUUGAUAAAAAACCCUGAAAGUCUCAGUGUUUUCAAAUCAGGUUCAGUAUUUUGUACAUAUCAUUUGAUGUGCCUUUUUCUUCAUGGAAUGGAAUGAAUUAAUGGUUGCUAUGGAACAUUGCAGGGUGUUUUUUCUUGAUAGACAAAGAGGCUAAUUUUGUUGGCAGGAAAGUUUAGAUUCUUUACAUUUUUUGUGACAUAUUCUGUCUAUACUUGCAGGAGAGAUUUGACAUUGUUCAUCACCCAAAUAUUUUGUAUAAUGUACAUAAUACUGUCUUUGGCAAACUCAUACAGGGCGACAUUCUUUUACAAUGACAACAAAUUUAUAAAGCAGCUUGGGGAAAAUCUCUUUGCUCUUGCUCAGUUUUCAGACAUGCUUUGUUUAUGUUAAUAGGGCAACAAGGCAAGGACUGAGGGCAUGCAUAAAAUUACCUCAAUUGCCUUAUUAAAACACUGUUAGUUCAGUCGCAAAGGUUCAUAUCAAUCAUGAAAAAAAAACAAUUUUACAAGAAUUUUUAUCUACAGAAAAAAUUCAAUCAUACUGACAAUAAGAUUCUUUUCUGAAUUGAACAUUUCUAUACAAAUAAAAUGAAAGGUUAAAUGCAUAGAUUUUAUUUUAAAGUUUUUAAAAUUUAACUCUUGAGGCAGACUGCUUAAAGUAUGGUGUAUAAAGCUUACUUUUUUUUGCUGAAAAAAAAAAGCUAAGCUGGAAUACCCACUGCCCAUCAGUUGCUGUUGACACGCACAAGUUUAAGAGAAAGAAGAAAAAGGACCAAAUGAAGAUAAAUAAUAUGUUUUGUCCAAUUUUGAGGUUGCUAAAAAUUGGCUUUUGUUAGUUUGUUUCCAUUUGUAUCACUUGUUCUUGUGGGAGGCCAUUACCCCCCCCCCCCAAACAAAAGGUACAAAGUUACCAUGGUUGGACACUUAACUAUACCUUCUGUUUAAGGUUACUGUUAAUUUAUUGUCAAAGUCUCCAAGGCUAGCAUUAUUUUGUGGCCGUUUUUUUUAUAUUAUUGAAAAUAGUUUGCUGAAUUUUCUAGGAGACUGAUGCAUUGAUUAUUGUGUUAAUUAUGAUGAUGAUGUUACUUUUGGACAAAAAUAUGGUUGACAAAAUUGCAGGGUUUUGUUUUGGGGUUUUUGUUUUUUUUCGCUGACGGAUGUUGUGGUUAUCUUAUCUACUCAAACAAAUAAUAAGUGUAUUAUAGAAAAUUUGAUAAAAUUAUUGAGAAUAAUUAAUGUGGUGGUGAGCUGAACUUUUUUUAAAAUGUCUUUUUUCCCCCUCUCAAAAGAGAUGAUGCACUGCAAUUAUACUGCAUAAUGUUUGGUGUUAUUUUUUCUUCUUGAUAAUGUCAACUUAAAACAGCUGAUAACAAUUACUAGUAUUUUGCAGUCAUCAUUAAGUAUUUACAUUUUGCGCACGUGGUGGACAUUAAAUGUUGAAGAAAACAGUAUGAAGGAUGAUGACAGAAACUUGUGGCAGCUGUUUUAAACUAUUUAAAAAAAAAAGUGGAACAGAAUUUUAUUUUUGCGAGAGAAUUUUAUCCUACGUAAAACUUGGUGAACAGCCAGGGUAAUAGAAGCCUGGUUCCUUGGUUCACCAUUUAAAUGUCAGAGUGAAAUCUCCACUUUUUUGUUUUCAAACUGUAUGACCAUAAGCUCAAAAUGAAACUACAGUAUUUUAUUGAUUUCGGCUGUAUGAGUGUUGUACACCAAUCGUAAAACAAAUCUUUGACUUACGUUUGUUUGUGUGCUAUGGAGUUUUGUUUAAUAGAAAUGUUGAUAACAACAAAAUCCAUUACCUUUGCAAAAUGAAUUGUUCUAUAAGAUUUGACCUAUUAGUUUCUUUGUAAAGUUAUUUGUUGGAGCGCAUGCCAUUUCAACAGCGUGUAGAUUUAAUUCAAUCACAAAACUGCACUUUGCACAAUAUUUUUGGAAGCCCAAAACUUACUUCCCCGUAAGAAAAUUAGUUCAUGAUUUUUAUUUUCUAGAUUUUAUCUUUUUUUUUUAUAUAACCUGUAAGGCAUAUAAGUAAAACCAAUUUAAUAUGUGGAUUGCUGUGGUUAAUUGUAAAUAAUAAUAUUAGCAUGUCUUGUAAAACUAGUACAUGCAUUUUGUAGUGUUGAAUAUAGUUUUGUAAAUUAUUCUUGUAAAUAACUGAAAAAAAAUACCUUUUAAGUAUCAUGUUGUGUUACUGAAAAUCUAUAAUAGCCUUAAAAAGACAUGAAGGGAAAAUUAUAAGCUGUCGCUAACAAAAGUUUUGUAUUGGCAGGUUUUGGAUUAAUUUUAUUUUGUUCUCGCUCUACUGAAAGGCUCCUUUAAACCUAGUUUUAAGAAGUAUCAAUGGAUAUUAAAAAUAUGUUUUAUUUUAUAUUGUUUCCAUAGGAACAGAGGCUGGAUGAUAUUCUUAUAAUUCUUUUUUUUUUUUUUGGGGGGGGGGGUGUAAAAGGAAAAAAGUGAAUAUCUUGUUCAGACCAAGCGUCCAAGAUGGACCUUGGUCAUAUUCCCUGUAUACAGUAGUAAUGAUAAAGGCUGAUCUUAUCAAUAAUAUGAGGGAGCAGACUAUUUUGCCCUUUCAGUCUUGGUAGAUUUCUUGGAUUUAAAUUGAAUAUGAGCAUCUAUGUUAUGCUGUGAUAAAAUUCUCUAACAUGGAACUAUUCGGCUGAAUAUUUGUACUGACUAUAGUAAAACACUAAACUUGUGUUUGGGUUGGCGUAGCAAUAUCUUCUAUGGCGUAUUAAUGAAAAAGCAUGGCUAUAAAGACUCAUCAUUGUUAGUUAUUAACAACUUUCACAAUUUUUUUAAAGAAUUGGAAUAGUUCUAUAAUAUUCUUCACAUUUCGUGUUAUUUAUUGAUUUGUUACAAUUUUAAAUCUAAUGUGUCAUCACUUUUCAGACUUGAUUUAACACUUUUUGGGCGAAUAACUUUCAAACUUUCACAUUAGUCAAAUUUGAAAUUAUCUCUCAGAGAAAUGAAAUUGAAAAUCAAAAACACAUAGUCUUUGGAUCCUUUGUGAUGUCAGUUGUGAACAUUGGGCUGUCAUGCCUCUGUUUGAAAUAGAAACAUUUCUCCUUGAUUCUCCUUAAUUUGGUUAUUCCUCUGCAUGUGACGUGGUCUAUUAAGGGGAGAAAUUGUGGUAUUUCUGUUUCUGUGUGCCAAUUAAUUGGACCAGGUCUAAUUUCCUUCAAUAGAAACUGGUUUCAUGACUUAAUCAUCAUUAGUUGAUUACCCCUCGGCAAUGCUACGUGAGGAAAAUUCCCACUCUUUUUUGUUGUCUCUUCCCUUGAAACCUGCAUGAACUCUUUAAUGACAUUGGUUACUAAAGUCACAAGGAGAGUCUAAAUGUGGGAGGAUGCAACAGGUUUUUUGGGGGGGAAUGCAAUUAUAAACAUCUGCUGAAGUACUACUCAACACUCCUUGUUGCAUAGACCUUUAGUACAGAGAUGUUACAUCAGCUACUCUGAAUAAGUUAUGCUCUGUAGUAUCUUGCCUGCCUGAAAGGCACUGGAAUGUACAAGGUGGCUCUUCUUGUAAACAAUAAAUUAGUGGUCUAUAAACUGAAGUAUCACUCUCACUACAAUUCUAUCAAGCCCGGUUCAUACUUCUGCGAAUGCGAAUGCGAAUGCAAUACAAAUAUUGACGUCACAAAUUCGCAAUGAAAUUUGCACUGAGUUGAGUUGUGCUCAACUCUCUUGCGAAUAUCGCAACGAAAGAGGAGUUGUGACUUCAAAUUCACAUCACACUCACAUUCGCAGGAAGUAUGAACCGGGCUUUACACUUCCAGCCAAAUUGCACAUUUGUACCCAUAAUGUGUAUACAGUAUGAAAACAAAAUUCCCACAUUCACAUUCCUGUGAUAUGUAUCAUUGUUUAAUCCAAAAGCUGCUAUGACAAAAUAAUAUGAAUUCUCUCAAAAAGAUGAACUUAUACAUAGAUCAAAUUACUACCAAGUUUUUUUCCCUGCUUCAGAAAGUCAGUUUUAAGCUGUAGUUCAUGUUAGUCAUUUCUCUAAUCCAUUCAUUGUAUCAAUUAUAAAUAUUGUGUUGCCUGCUUGUGUAAGGUCUGUUUGUUAUAGUAUACACAGAAUUGCAUUGCUCAGAAUACCAAAUAGAGGUGCAUUAUAUGCUUCAUUUUAUCGUUAUGAAGUGUCAAUGGUGCGGCAAAUCUGUUUAGAAUUAACUGUCCCCUUUGUUGUUCUUUUUUCGGGUACGAGUCUGAGUUGGGUUUGUAUCAUGACACUGUAGAUAAUGUGUAAUUUCACUUGUAUAUUAUAAAUAUAUGACAAAACUGAUUGUACAAUGUAUUGUGUAUUCUUCCGUCCUAUUUGCUCUGGAUCGCAGGUGAUUGGAGUAUAUGGUAAUUUGUAAAAAAUGAAGAAAAAAAUUUGGGUUUUAUUCUGAUUUUAAUCGUUCUUGUGCUUCUCAUGGACAACUUUUUGUUUUUAAUCUGUGUUAAUUAAACAUGGCUUUCUUUCUGUUGAGAUUUUAAGUUUGUGUUAAGAACGCUUCACCUAGAUGAAAAUAAUGUAAGCUUACUUCUUGUGAAGUGGUUUUUAUAGCAGUGAGCUCAGGAAAGCGCUCCUCCCCUCCUCUUGACUUACAAAGUGGAGAAGAUUCUUAAAAGUAAAAAGCACUGCCAUUGUUUGUUCUUAACAUUAGGUACAUGCUCAUACUUUAAAUAAUUCCCUAAAUAGUUAAGCAAGAGGAAAGAAAAUACACUGUUUUCUAAACAAAUUUGUUGUUAACCCUACUUUGAUCAAGUUUUUAUUGAAUCUAAUUUUUGGCCCCAAAUUGAUUUGGUAAGGUGAAGAACAAGUUUUGGCUGUUGAGGUGAUUGUAGAUUGAAGAAGAAAACAAAUAGUCACCAAAAUAUAAAAUCAACUAAUGACUCAUGACAAAGGGUCAUCUUUAAUAUAAAAAAGUAACUGCAUAAUAUAAUUUUAUUUUAAAUUAAUUUCUUCUCAAAUGAGCAGACCCUUCUAUCCUAUGUACUUCCUCGUUAAAAACAUUUGGAUGUUUAUAUUUUCCUUUUCGAAAGAGCUAAGUAUCUUCCAAAGAAGUAAAAUUACUAUUAAGGAAUAUUUUUCCUUGUUUAUGUUAACUGGAAACACAAUUAUUUCCAUGGCACUAGAUUGUUAUUGGUUUCAUCUUGACUCUGCACAGUCUUAUUCAUUUGUUUCAAAUAUUGUGUCUGUGGUUUCUUUUGUUUGUUUGUUUGUUUCUUAGUUGUAUGUGUGUGUUUUUUUUUAAAUUUAUUGUAAAGUAAUUGUAUAAGGUUUUUGAAAAUCCCAGAGUACAGUGAUAUUGUUCAGGUGUUCUUGUACAUAUAAAAACUAACUAUCUACAUUUUUUUAAUACAUGCACCCUCUUGUUCAAACGGUGAACUGAAAAUUUAAUAAAAAUGGAUAAUGUAAAAUGCGAA